AUCAGAACCCGUCCGGUUCAUCGCGCGGUGCAUUGUGGUCCAGACUGAGGAGCUGCUGACCGGAAUGUGAAGAAUCCGAGGUGUCCGCCAGGCUUCUCUUUAUCGCUGCGAAUAUUUCUCCACAGAAAUAUACAAGUAUUGGACUACCUAUAAGAUCCAACGAAUGCCGAUAUGUCUCAGGCAGAUAAAAUGAAGCAAGGGCAGUUCACCAAUCCAGAGACACCGGGGUACGUGGGGUUUGCCAACCUACCCAAUCAGGUUCACCGAAAAUCGGUGAAGAAGGGCUUUGAAUUCACCCUCAUGGUGGUCGGGGAGUCUGGCCUUGGGAAGUCCACUCUGAUCAACAGCCUGUUCCUCACGGACCUCUACCCUGAGAGAAUCAUCCCUGGGGCUGCAGAGAAGAUCGAGCGCACCGUUCAGAUCGAGGCCUCCACCGUGGAGAUCGAGGAGCGGGGGGUUAAGCUCCGCCUCACCGUGGUCGACACCCCCGGAUACGGGGACGCCAUCAACAGCCAGGACUGCUUCAGCACCAUCAUAAGCUACAUCGAUGACCAGUUUGAGCGUUACCUGCAUGACGAGAGUGGCCUGAACCGCAGGCACAUCGUGGACAACAGAGUCCACUGCUGUUUCUACUUCAUCUCCCCGCUGGGCCACGGGCUGAAGCCCCUGGACGUCCAGUUCAUGAAGGCGAUCCACAACAAGGUCAACGUGGUCCCAGUCAUCGCUAAGGCGGACACGCUCACGCUGAGGGAGAGGGAGAGGCUGAAGCGCAGGAUUCUGGAUGAGAUCGACGAGCACGGGAUCAAGAUCUACCACCUUCCUGACGCCGAGUCCGACGAGGACGAGGACUUCAAGGAGCAGACCCGGAUCCUGAAGGCCAGCAUCCCGUUCGCGGUGGUGGGGUCCAACCAGCAGAUCGAGGCCAAGGGGAAGAAGGUGAGGGGUCGGCUGUACCCCUGGGGCGUGGUGGAGGUGGAGAACCCCGAGCACAACGACUUCCUCAAGCUGCGCACCAUGCUCAUCACCCACAUGCAGGACCUGCAGGAGGUGACCCAGGACCUGCACUACGAGAACUUCCGCUCGGAGCGCCUGAAGCGCGGUGGCAGGUUGUCAUCACACGGUUAUGUUCUGCCUCUCUCUCCUGCUAACAGGAAGGGGCCGGAGCCGGAGGAAACGGACAAGGACAUGAUCCUGCAGGAGAAGGAAGCCGAGCUGAGGAGGAUGCAGGAGAUGAUAGCCAAAAUGCAGCUCCAGAUGCAGAAACAAGGAGAUGGCGAGGGAGACGGCCAUCAUGUGUGAACCCCAAGGUCUGUGAGCCAUGGCCUCGUGGGCUGAAUACGACUGACUGCUUGGGAGACCUUGAGGUCCUUGACUGUACAAGUUGCCACUAUGUUAUUUUAUUUCACUAGAACUUGGGAUUUUUCUUUUAUACCAAACGAUAUAUAUCUAUUCACACUAUUAUGUUUAUGUCUACUUAUUAUUGACCUUGCCAGUUUGCAGAUAUCAGCCUUUUGCCAGUUGAUCCGAUGAAGUAAUUUGAGCGGUUUAGUGGAAGCACCUUUUUCUUUUUUAUGCCAACAUACAGGUUACCGUUACUUUAUUUUAUUUUUUCACAUUGGAAACGUAUGUACUAUAGUCCUGCAGGCCAUAAACCCCUAUCAUAUGGUAGCUUUAGCAUUUCCCCCCCUUUUCUUUUGACAGAAGUCCACAACUGUGAAAAGAAGCUUCUUCUUUUGUGCAAACUAGCGUUACAGCAAACGGUCCCAUUUCCAACAUCGUCAAAGACAAAGCGUGCUCUGAAGUCGUUUCGUGCUGACGAGUCGCUGUAUUUGAAGGUGCUAAACGGGCUUCCCUUUAAUGUUUAUCCCGGCAUGACGCCCCUGGGUCGCGUGUUUGUGUGAAUAUCUGAUACUUUGAGUGAAGAACUGUUUUCAGAUCAGCCUAUCGACUCCCAUCUUAACGUUUGACAACCCAGCCCCUAAUCUUGAUUAUUAACACCAGGAUUGCUGUUAGUGUGUGGGGGAAGUCUCCCCCCAGUUCCGCUCUCCUUGUGACUUGAAUACCCUGACCUGGUCCUUUCUGACGGGGGGAGUAGCUGGCGUUGUGACUGUGAUGUGCCUGUAAGGUGUGUGGACCCCCUCGGACGCCACGUCCGCAGUGUAAGGUCACGUGUUUUUAAAUGUCAAUGAGUGGUGCAUGCUACCAAACAGAUUUAAACUGCCCAGCUGUUUUAAUGUGAUGCUUUUAUGACUGAAUAAUGAGGUGUGAGGAGUUACGGGGAGCAGUUUAUGAAGAUUGUGUCAUCGGGCCCAUACUAUACAAACCUUUUUUUGUUGUCUCUGUAGCUGGAUAUGGAGGGGCGAUGACACACUGGCAUUUAACUGAUGGAGGGUUUUGAGGUCUGCUUCUGCAGCAAAGUUGCUAGGCAAUGUCGCAUUUACCAACAUAAAGAAAACAUUGUUGAAGUCCUAUUUCAGUGACAUGAAGUACUAUGUUCAAAAGAGGUGCAAGGUUACAUUUUUUUGGAUUUUCCAAAUGGAUUAUAGAUCCGUUUUUAUUGGGUCUUUGACUCUAGGAUGAUAUGGGAUAUUUGAUCAGUGUAGCCAAUAUAUCUUCCACAAGCUAAGGCUAGUGUUUAUAAGAACAUUCCACCUUACUGCCAUUUUAGCCAAAAUUUAUAAAGUACAAAAUAUUGUUAUUAAUACAUAUGUUGUAAUAAAUCAUUUUAGCAAA